UCAAAAUACACAUCAGAAGUUUUCGAUUGUGAUUUGUACCCGUUUUCUCCAAAAAACAYUCAUUUAUGGAGCCUGAAAUUUAUAGAUUUCGKCUUAAAAAGAAUUAUGAAACUAUACUAAGAGAUUUAGAACCGAAAAAACUCAUUGGUUUUUUAUAUCAGGAUGAUAUUUUCGAUGAAGACGACAUGGACGAAGUUCGCAGUGAAAAGACUCGAAAGAAACAAGCAGUCCAGUUCUUGGAAACUCUGAAUACUAAAGACGUUGCUGGAUAUGCUGUUUUAGUCAAGGCUCUCGAAGAAAAGCAGCCUCAUUUAGCAAGAAUAUUGAAAACCCCAGUUCGUGAUGAAAAUUUGAUCUUACGGYCAUCAGGACCCAAACAUUCAGGGCAACCAAUCAGUAUGGAACAACUUACAGAGAUGCUACGUCACCAAUCUAACUUGAAUCCCCAAUUAGCAGAGUUGAUAGGAGUUGCACCAAGUUAUGCCAAUGACCCAGUAGAACAAAGUGAGCAAAGUUCUCAACAUCCUCAUCACACAACAGAGAGUUGUCAACCUUUUAAUUCAUCAACAGAUGCUGGUCUUCCCUUUAACAUCAAACGCACAAAUUUUCAAUUGAUAUCACCCUUAUACCGACCACACUUGCUUGACUCUGUGUACAAGAUGACUAGCUCACCGCGAGGACUAGCUGUGAUCAUUAACAUWAUGAACUUUGAACCUGAUCCAAGUAAGCAAUGUAAGCAUGAUGAGAAACUUGAUUCACGAGAGGGAUCCGAACUCGACUUGCAUGCUCUAGGCCAACUCUUCAGUGGUCUAAAUUUCAGGGUAAUGUCAAUGGAAGACAAGAAAGAGGAUGAAAUUCGAAAGGAGCUCAAGGGUAUUGCCAAGAGUGACUUAAGUCAGUAUGAUUGCUUCGUUCUGUGCAUUAUGAGCCAUGGGAAAAAGAAUUUCUUCUACAGUAAAGAUGGAGGGAAAAUCAAAAUAUCAGAGAUUAAAAAAAUGUUCAACAAUUCAGAAUGUGUUUCUCUAUGUCAAAAGCCAAAGUUGUUUUUCAUCCAAGCUUGUAGAGGCACAGACAUAGAUUUUGGUCACAUUGUGAGUGAUGCACCUUCUGAGCACAAUGAGAAAGAAAAAGGAAUUGAGGCAGAUGCACCAACUCACACAGUUCCAAAGAGCGCACAACAAUCAACAUCGGACAAUGCUCAUUUCCUUUUAGCAUACUCUAGCGUGGAGGGGUACACUUCAUACCGCAACACCAAAAGAGGAAGCCGCUUCAUCACCUGUCUYGUAGACGUAUUCAGAGAUUAUGCAGGAGUUGAGGAUGUUGAAAGCAUGAUGACAAGAGUCAUUAAAGAUGUCAACAAAGCUGGUGAUAUAUCUACAAAGCAAGUUCCAAAGCCAGAAACAACUUUGACCAAAAAAGUGUUUUUCUGGCCAGGAAUGCAAAAUUUCCACAUUUAAAUAUAUCAUAUUGAGAAGAAAACAUUUGAAAACCACCACACAUUUUAUAGUGGACAACAGCAARAAAGAGAACAUUUUCCUUCCUGUUAUCAGUGACAGACUGCUAGUAUCACUKUGGAAUGGUGUCAUUGAUUAUAAUAUUAAAAGCCCACCAAAACAUAAAAUUCAGGAUGUGUGCAAAUCAAUAUUAUCUAGCAAGAGCAAUUGGAUAGCCAAUUUGUGUACUUUUUUAUUAAUUCAAUCUUCUUUGCGUAAAAUAUACCAGAUCAAAAUGCUGAAAAUGUAAAAACUCUGAAAGACAAUAAUAUAAUUUCAUAGCAAUAGCUCACAAUAUAAUUCACAUUAUUUCCUUGCGUCAGGUAUUAAAUAAUAAUCCWCUUUAGUUGACUAUUUAACAGUAGAAAGAAAGGAUUCUGAAAACCUUCCUCAGCAAUUUCUUCACACAAAAAUCCAGUACUUAUUUACAAGUACUUUUUAAACACAUAACUUUAUUUUUCAAUUAAGGGUCGACGUUACUGUUUCUCUGGUUUUAAACUAUGAUUUCCAUACACUCUUCAAGGAGUAUUCCAGGUUUUAUAGAGGAGUUCUUUAGCAUUAACACCAUGUAUUGUAGACAAGUGGUGAAUUAGAAAUAAAUUAUUCAUUGUAUGUAAUUUGAACAARUAUGUAAAAAAACGUUUUAUUAGUUCACAGUUACAUUGAAGUAAAACUUCGUAACUUGAAA